ACCCUCCAGCCCCAUCACCCGCCUCCCUUCCCUGACCCGCCAGGCUGCCAGCCCUCAGCCUGCUCUCCAGCUCAAGCCCUCCCCUUCUGGCAUCUGCCCCACCACUUUCCCUCCUCUGCCUUACAUGGUCCCUUCCCAACACCCUGCCUUGAGGGGCUCCGUGCCCAGCUCUUCCUCUCUUGCUCCCAGACCACCCACUAGCCUCCCUGCUGUCCAUCUGGCUUCCCUUUCCCGUCACUCCCCUAUCUAUACCCCCUCUCCUCCUCCCAGCUCUCCCUUCUAAGUCUCCAUAAUCCAGUCCCACCCACAAUCCAGUCUCCCUAACCAGGCAGCAUGAUUGACACACUCACCCAGGGGAGAUGGUUUCCCCACUGUGGGUGCAGGUCACAGUCCCUGGGACUGUCUUCCCAGCAGCCUGAGCAGGUGGACCCAGGGGACACAGGAGGAUGACAGCCCCACAAUCAGCCUGAAGCAUUUCUGAGGUCAGUUGCCAGACCCCUGGCUCCCGGAGCAGAUCCUGGCUGUCCUACUGCUAUCUGGGCUCUUCCUCACUCUGUCUUAGCACCAUGGCAGAAAGAGCUUCAGCAGGGUCCUUUUUCCAGAGUCCUUCCUUCCCUCUCCUGCUGAGCAGCCAGCUGAAGGAGCCUGCAGGAGCAGCAGGCAUGAGGUCAGGAGUCACCCAGGACCCUGUGGAAGCCUCUACACAGCCAGCGUGUCCAAACUGUGGUCCCUGCCCUAAGCCCUCCUGGACACUCCGUCUCACAAAUGCAUGAAUGGACCAAGGAGAAGGUCCCCAGUGGGGAGAGCACAGGCUGUACAGUCAGGAAAUGACUGGCCAAGGUGAGGUCAAUCCUUCUGUACAAUACCUGGGCCUGCCUCUGGACCUGGAGCCCUUCCCUGAUGAUGUCCAAGGGCAGCUCCAGUACCCAGGUUCUGAUCUUAGAAGAUGGGACAGGAGACGGCUUGGGACAAUGUUGCCUGGAGACAGCAGAAGAUCUGGCACUGCCCUAUCCAGAGGGCACUUAGAGAGCCCCACAGCACCAGCGUGGCCAGGCCAUGGCUGGACACCAGAGAGAGAGGGUGAUCCAGGACGAGGUUCAUCAGAACCAGUUCCUACGGGAACAGUACCUGCAAGAGCUGCGCACACAGAAGCUCUGCACAGAGUACCACGUGAAUCCCCUGCGCAAGGUCAGGUUUCUGAAUCUCAUUCACCAUGCUGCUCAAAGACCCCGAAAGAAGUACCCAGAGACACAGACAGAAAGUCAGGAGAUCGGCUGGGAGGCAGAGCCCUUGGUCAGCCCAGAGCGCCAGGACCACAGGCUGAACCACUUCAGGGUCUACAAGGACAUCACUCUGUACAAGGCCAAACUGUGGCUCCUGGGGGAGAAGGACCACCACAAGUAGCUCUCCACGGAAGAGCCGGCCUUCGCACUGAGCGCCCAGUGUGCUGUCCAGGGAAAUAAAGGUGGUUCUGCUAGAAAGCAAA